AUGCGCGUAGCAACACCGGUCGUGGUAGCCGGUGGUGCCGAAGCACACGAAACGACAAACGGCGGUGGAGCCAGCACGACGGCACCACUGUCAGACUCGCGUCCCGUCUCACGCAGUGCCAGCGAUGAAGCCUCCAAGGAUGGCAUGGUGGCGUCGAAGGAGGAACGGGCCGAUGUGGCGAAGGACGACGGCAAGGACCCGGCGUCCGUUAUUUCCAACGAUAAUGGACCGAGCGAGAACAACGGCACGCUCGACAAGCAGCACCACGACAAGGCUGCGACGGUCAACAGCAAUGGCAAUGGAGGUGGACAGGCCAAUCAAGCGGCCGCCGGAUCGGACGGUGGUGCAGGCAGCCCGGCGGAACUGAGCGGGAAUCGUGAGCGACGAUCACCGUCCAUCCCAAACAGCAACGCCGGAGCGGCCACACCGGCAGCCACCACCGCAGCCCCGCUGGCGCCGACCACAGGUAAUAGCAAGGGUGGAGGCGGUGGAGUACAGGGUGACACAGCAACAACGCUGGAUGAAGUGGCACUCCCAGCACCACCACCACCACCACCCACGUCCAAGCGCGACAGACGAACGUCCGGACCCGCAGUGUCGGACGCAGCGACGGAAGGUGCUGGUGGUGGUGCUGGUGCAGAAAAUGGGAAGAAAGGCACGCUGCUGCACGGUGCCAGCGAGCGGAAGGGGGAAACCGAAAGCGUACUAAACAAUGGUGCCCGGGGAGCGGCGGGAGGCGAUAACGACACGAUAGCAAGCAAAUCCUCACCACCGGCUGGCGUGAACGAAACGAUGAACGGAAACAGUAACGGCAGUGGUGCUGGUGGAGGUGCCAGUGCCGCACCCGCAACCCCGCUAGCAUUGCAGUAA